GGAACCACUUUUCAUCAGAACUGAAACAAAAUUACAGUAAACAUGUGGCUCCUCCCUUCCUCCUCUCCUCCUCUCCUCCCCCUUUCCCUCCCUCGAUUCUUCCGUCCCUGACACAAACCCUGCAUGCCCUCACAAUCACACACUUUCUGUAACAGAACUACUCGGAUCGUUUUUGCCAUUUCAUCCCUGACAAGCAAUUGAGGAAACUUCAUACACUCACAGCCAGUCAUAUCGCGGCUCCAAGGCGCUCGACAUGAUGUGCAGCGAAAAUCCGCCGCGCCUCGGGGUUUCCCAAUGACGUCAUCGCCACGCCCUUCAUCCCUCCCUCUCUCCAGUGACUGUUUGCCGAAACCGGUGCUUCCCGAUUUUCGUUUCACGCGGAUGCGCGCGUCUCUCCGUCUCUCGCCUGUUCAGUGGAAAUGCUGCGUGUUUAUCUGUUCCUAGUGGUUGCCAUUUUGGCGCUGCAGCUGGGAAGCACAGAUGAAAAUACUGUAGAGCUCAAUUUGCACGGGUUUGUUGGAGGAAGUGUAAAAAUGAGCUGUAAGCUGGAACAACCAAAAAACGUUAACCAGCUUUACUUCCAAAAGAAAGAUAGUGAUGGAAAAGUGACUUUUAUCAACGGGUUUUACUCAAAAAUACUCGAUGUGCUGCCCGAGUUCCAAAACCGUACCAUCGUCAAUCGAGCUGAACUCAGCAUGGAGCUGCUCAACCUUUCUCCUGCCGACGAAGGAGAGUACACCUGUAUCCCAUUUAUCAACAGUGUCCCAUCUCAAAAAACCAAUUUUCACCUCAAAGUAACAGCCAAUUACAGCGCCCCCACCAUUACCGUCCAGGGAUGCGGCAGCGGUGCAGCCGCCCAUAACUGCGUGAUUGAAUGCUCGUCAGCAGGAGGAUUCCCUCAUAGCAACAUAACCUGGAGCGUGGUUGGAAGCAACCUGAGACUCCUACUGAAGGACGAAGAGGAUCCUGUGAAUGUGAUGGACACACACUCGCAGCUGUGGAACGUGUCCCAAGUUAUUACGCUGAACUGCAGCCAGCCGAUUAACAUCUCCUGCUCUGUCGGGGAGGUUGUGUCAUAUGCAGUGAGUGUGUGUCCAUCCUCUGAUACCCUAGAUAUUCGGAUUUUAAUUGCUUGUGCGGUGCUGUUGCUGGUUUCUAUUGUCAUCAUUGUGUUUGCAGUCAAGAAAUGCAGAAGAACACAACUCCCAGGCGAUCACACAACAGACGCCGAGCUUGUGAGUUUGAACUUACGCCAAGCUGGAUGAUCACGUGGAAACGCACGCUUUCUGAAACUGAAGAUCCGUGUGUGUGUGUGUGUGUGUGUGUGUGUGUGUGUGUGUGUGUUUGUGUGUGUGACGGACAGAUAAUGGAGCAGAUGGACUGUCUGAGAGUUUACACACACUCGCCCGCUCCUGGACAAGUGCAGUUCGGAGUCAAGCUGCAGCUAUCGAGCGUGUGAUCUGCCGGAAGAGACGAGCGCCACACAUGCUAGCAUAAUGUUUUGGGGGAGAAAAAAAUGUCCUUAUAAUCCUUUUACGUUUUUGUUUUUUUCUCAGUGGGAAACGCCUUUUUCAGAUUUCUUUUGAUGAAAUGUUAUUUUUCAUAUUGAGUAUGAUAUCUGUACAGCUGAGUUUCAAGAUACUUAAUCCCGUCAUUAAUUUAACAUUUGUAUAGAUUAGCAUAACACUCAUUCCGCGUGGCAUUCGUCUGGCAUUCUUCGCAGGUCUACCUUCCUACACGUAUGCAUGCUUCCCUAUCUACUACUGAAACGCCGUGUGACACUCCUGCACGGUUCUGGUAUGGCUUUUAUUAUGCUAGUCUGACCUUUUUUUAGGAAAGAACAUGGCUGCCAUUACUUUAAAAACAAUAGGCCUAUAAAGCUGUGUUUGCUGGAA